AUGAACGAGGAGCAGCGCAUUACCGUCUGCAAGACUAGCCUCAACCAGAUCUAUGCCAUGCUGCGAUCCUCCCCGCAAGACUGGCGCAACUACAUCAAUCUCGCCCGAACCAUCAUCACCCAUCUGGAUUCUACGACGUUCAUGCAACAGGGCAAUCGAACACAGGAGCAGGUGUGGAUGAUUGCAGGCCUUCAAAGGCUGGCGUUUGCGGAACCUGAUAGCGGAGGGGUCAACGACAUUGCGGCUUGGUGCUCAAGGCAGUGGUUGGUGAUCUACCAGAGGGAGCCACAGAACCUGGCAGCCCUCAGAGGCAUUGGUCAAGUCUGGCUCGCGCGGGCACAGCCAGUCCUGGCACGAAUUCAUCGAAAUGAUGGGGGCUCGUCGUCAAGUGGAGGCUCCGCACGCUCACAACGCUCCGCGCCGGGCACCCGCGAGGAGGACCAAUCUCCAACACAAACAGCAGACGCCGAGCGAAGAGCUGGCACAUCAGACUAUGUGGAGGCGAGGGGGUAUUUACAGCCAGCUACUGAGUAUUUGGAGAGGGCUGUCUCCGUUGCGACGGCACAACGGUCGUUGUCUGGCGAUCUACUUGCAACUACCGCCGAGGCAUACAUGUCCCUGGGGAAUAGCUCCAGCCCCAGAGUCAAUCAAGGACACUUUCGACGAGCACUUCAACUACUACGGGCAGCCACUUCGAUUGAGGGCUACACACUGAGUAGAUACCUCCAACAGUGA